AUGGUGCAGCCCGCCCAGCCCGCGGUCUCCGCCUUCGCGGCCGCCGCCGCCGCGCGCUUCGCCAGCUGCAACCUCUCCUUCACAGCCGAGCCGCUAGAGCUUGACGCCUUCAUCGCGGCCGGCGCCGCCGCCGCGGCCGCGGCGCCGCCUGUCUCAGACAAGUUUGAUCAUAACGAGGAAGAGGACCACCUCGAGGAGCUCAACCCUGCCAACAUGCGCCGCACCAGCCGCGCGACGAACGCGGCGAGCGUCGGCUACGCACGGACGCUGAGCACGGCGCUGGAGACGGCUGCCUCGACGCAGCUCGCGGACGGGCUUGUCGGCGUCAGCGGCCCCCAGGGCAAGGCCCAGCCCUUCACCAUCAUCCGCGACCCCGCGGUCUGGACCGCCAAGGACUGGGCGGCCGGCGUUGACGAGCUCAUCUUCCACGUCGACCCGGCGGCCGCCGCGGCCCUCAAGGAAGCCGCCGCCAAGUCGCCGCGCGGCUGGCGGACGUGA